AUGAGCCCCGAGCCGGUCCCGCCGCCGCCGCCGCCCCAACGUCCCGGCUGUGACCGCGGGGAGCCGUUCGCCCAGCGGUUAGAGAAGGGCGACGAGGCCUUCCGCGAGGGCGAGUACGAGACGGCAGCCGAGAUCUUCCGCUCCAUGCUGGCCGGGCUGGCGCAGCCGGACCGCGGCCUGUGCCUGCGGCUGGGGGACGCGCUGGCCCGCGCUGGCCGCCUCCCCGAGGCCCUGGGCGCGUUCCGCGGCGCCGCGCGGCUCGGGGCGCUACGGCCGGAGGAGCUGGGGGAGCUGGCGGGCGGCCUGGCGCGCGCCGUCGGCCUGCGCGAGUGGCGGCUGUCCGCGGGGAAGCCGGGCUGCACGCCCGAGGCGCCGAGCGACGGGCAUCCGGUCUCGGCGUCCGCUGCGCCCCGCGAUCUGCUAGGCUGCCCGCGCUGCCGGCGGCUGCUGCACAAGCCGGUGACGCUGCCUUGCGGGCUCACGGUCUGCAAGCGCUGCGUGGAGCCGGGGCCGACGUGGCCGCAGCCGCGGCGAGUCAACGUGGUGCUGAGCGGCCUCCUGGAGAAGUGCUUCCCCGCCGAGUGCCGGCUGCGCAGGCUGGCGGGCCAGGCGCGGAGUCUGCAGCGCCAGCAGCAGCCCGAGACCGCGCUGCUCAGAUGCGACCAGGCCCUGGACCUGGCGCCUGAUGAUAAUUCAUUAUUGCUGCUGCGAGCAGAGUUGUAUUUAACCGUGAAGAACUAUGAGCAGGCUCUACAGGAUGCCAGUGCAGUUUGCCAGAAUGAACCUCUCUUGACUAAGGGACAUCAUCUAAAGGCUCAGGCUCUUUCUGGAUUGGGAAGAAGUAAGGAAGUGUUGAAGGAAUUUCUCUACUGCCUUGCUUUAAAUCCCGAGUGUAACUCUGUGAAGAAAGAAGCACAGAAGGUAAUGUGUGAGGUGCUUUUUCCGGCUUCAGAAAAUGUGCAUCAAAAUUUAACAUCUUCCAUCCAAAGCAAAUUACAGGCUCAAUGUCAGAGCCAUGGAAACACCCAGUCUACUCUGGAAGGAGGAGGAGAUGCAGGGAGCUCUGAGUUGUUGGCAAGCAGAAAUUUUAAUAUUACUGUUCUGGCUGAAGAAUUGAUAUUUCGAUACUUGUCGGAUGAAUUGUCUGAUAGGAAGAGAAUUUAUGAUGAAGAAAUGACGGAGCUAUCAAAUCUGACCAGAGACGUCCCCAUCUUUGUGUGUGCCAUGGCCUUCCCCACCGUGCCAUGUCCACUCCACGUCUUUGAGCCCCGCUAUCGGCUUAUGAUAAGAAGAUGCAUGGAAACCGGCACCAAGCGGUUUGGCAUGUGUUUAUCUGCUGAGCACGCAGGGAUUUCCGAGUAUGGCUGCAUGCUGGAGAUUAAGGAUGUCAGAACUUUCCCUGAUGGAAGUUCAGUCGUAGAUGCAGUUGGCAUUAGUCGGUUCAGAGUCCUCAGCCACCGGCACAGAGACGGCUAUAACACGGCGGACAUUGAGUAUAUUGAAGAUGAGAAGGUGGAAGGUCCAGGGUAUGAAGAACUCACCACGCUUCACGAUUCCGUUUAUCAGCAGUCUGUCUCCUGGUUUGCAUCUCUCCAGGAUCACAUGAAAGAACAAAUUUUAAGUCAUUUUGGGUUAAUGCCAGACAGGGAGCCUGAGCCUCAGAGUAAUCCUAGUGGUCCUGCCUGGUCCUGGUGGAUCCUGGCAGUGUUACCACUGGAACGCAAGGCUCAGCUGGCUAUACUCGGCAUGACCUCGCUGAAAGAGCGUCUCCUUGCCAUCCGACGAAUAUUAGUCAUCAUCACACGUAAGAUGAAUAGUCGGCAAGAGCUGGCUAAUACCAGGGAGAGAAAUAAUUGAUUCUUUCUCUCUGUCAAGGUCACUGGGAGCCCUUGUACUUUUAUGAGUACCAGGCAUGGACGAAUAGCCAUCCCAUUCAUUGCCUUUGUAAAAUGCUUGUUGAUAGGGUUACAAAGUGGAAUACUUGCCAAACAUUGACUUCUACUCAAAAGGUACAAGUUUGUGUCUGGUGGAAUCUGACCCUCUACAAGGUUAGCCUGAAGUUUGAACGGAGCCCAUGGUUGGAAGACAACCUAAGAAAAUCUCUUUGAAGCAGAUGCUUCAGGAAUACAGUUCACUGACAGCAUGGGACACUGCAGAUGGUUUACAUGUGGUUCAGGUUUCACAAAAAAGAAGGAUUCCCUUCUCAGUCGGUAUCUCGCCCUGCCAGAUGGAAACAGCAUGCCUCAGUGGCUAGACAAUAUGGGGGAACCACAUUUUUAUUUGGAAGUGGAUUUCUUAGAAUCCAGGCUAACCGAAAAUGUGCUUAGGCUUUGUGUGUCGCUGUGAAGUUGUCUGUGAAAUUGAAGAAUCA